GUGACGAAUUGUGGCCCCUCCCGAAGGUGGGAAAGUGCCAAUGUCUAUCUGGAUAUUGUGACAACACAGAUGGCAAGUGCAAGGUCACGGCCACUUUUCCUGGCAGUUCUGCCUCGACGUACACCUCCUUCGGACGCCUCUACGAUGCAGAUGCCGACGAGAAGGUGCCAGCCGAGGACAUUGUUCCAUCGGAAGAUAUCGGAAGUGACGGUUCAACACCCAGUUUGGUGCAGUGCGAGUGCAGAGUCCUGGUCGCCAAGAUCCGAAAGCCACAGAGAUCCGCGGAGUCUGCAGCUUUGCAUGUGGAGAAGUGCAAUGAGUCGAAUGGUACCAUGCCAGGUGCAACCUUGGGCGCUCCGUUCGAGAUGGAGUCGCCCUGGCCCGAGGACUAUUUUCCCGAGCUGACGGUCACGGAGUCCCAAGCGAAGAGUGGCAUUCCUAUGGUCAGGUACAGCGGCUGUCGGCGCUGCUCGGAAGAAGUCGCCCGGUAUACACUUGUGGAAUAG